AUCUAACUUGACAACACUGAAACCAGUGUGCAACUAAUCCUACACUUGUCUACCCCUCGAAUCACCAAAGCAGGCAUCCACCAAAAGUUUCGAGACAGAUAAGUGAUCUUUAGGCAGUAACAGUCCAAAUUGCCAGCCUCAACUGCUCCAAUCAUUUCCCGUCCGGUAUUAAAUGAAAGGAAAAGACCAAACAUGAGACAACUCCAGCUGACUCUGUCUCAAAUCCUACCUUAGAACAUGGAGCAAAUCGUGGCUUGAUCCCUUUCAUCACGUAGCUCUUGCUCUCGACCAUAAAGACCUGCCUUCCCUCCCCAGACCUCCAUUACUGUAUGUCAACGGGCUCUGUCUGCAUAUUGCUGCUGUCUGUCCAGCUGACAUUGAUAUUGAGCAAUGGAGAUCGAGCUGGUGAAGUGCGAGUGCUGCGGAUUACGGGAGGACUGCACCAAGGACUACAUAGGCAGCGUGAGGGCGAGCUUCGACGGGAAGUGGCUCUGCGGGCUGUGCUGUGAGGCAGUGAGAGAUGAGCUGAGCAGGGGAAGGAGGAAGUGUCAUGGCGUCGAGGAGGCCAUAGACGCCCACAUGUCCUUCUGCGGGAAGACCAAGUCCAACCCGGCGGUCCGGGUGGCCGACGGCAUGCGGCAGAUGCUGAGGAGGAGAUCCGGCGACCUGUCGAAGACAGCAUCCCCCAAGAAGAUUGGGAGGACGGCGAGCACGUCGCAGGUGGGGGAUGAGUCGUCGCUGUCCUUCUGAAGGAGGACAAGGUUUCAACAUGGCUCCGUUUUCUUCCACUUCUCCGAGCUUCGUCUCUGUUAUUUGUUUGCUUCCUAUGCCAUGUACAGAGAAUUUGAUCUCAGUGGAGUUAGAAACUUCAUGAAUUCAUCUUAAAUUUUGCUUGA